CAGCGAGUCAUAUUGUAAAUAAAAAAUUCAAAAGUAUUGAAUGAUUAUCUGUUGUAAAAUUGCUGCAAAUCAUUUACAAGCAUUUCAUGUAUUGCCUUGAUUCUUUCAGGAACUUUAAUUAUAAGAAAGCAUUUACUUAAUAUCAUGGGAUUAAUGGAUGGAUUUUGGCUGCUACAUUGAUAUGUAUAUUAGAUUUAAAAAUUAUUGAGCAACCUUAUUUACUGACAAAACUAUAGAGAUAACAGGACAUAGCUGAACCAUGCAUGAGCAAAGACACAUGCAGUGAUAUAAGAAUCAAUGAACUAAUCACAAUGGCCCUAUUACAACAGAGCCCUGAGCUAAAGCCCCAAACAUAUGCAGAGAAACCAAAGAUGGGACUUGUACAUCAAACUGGAACUAAUACAGCACAACCUUUAACUUUAAUCCAACAAAAGGAUUCUAACUCAAACUGCAACGAUUCAAAAUUGAUUUGGCGUCAUUACUUCACAUAUAAAUUGAGCAUCGUUAUCUGCACUGCUGGAAUACUCAUGUUCAUUCUGAAUAUGCUUAAUUUAGCACUGGGUGUUCGAUUCUAUAACACCACUAGAUUAUUGGCCAGUAUAUUCAUGACAAUCACUGGUGGAUUAGGUGUGGAUGCAGCGACAAAAAGAUCAAGGGGACUUAAAAUCUGUCUUAUCAUCAUGUGCAUUCUAUUAUCUAUCACUAGCUUCAUGGUGUUCAACAGUCACGUGUGUUUGAACCUUGCGGCAACUUGUAAAGCAUCACACUAUCAACCAUUUGUCAGUACUUACGAUUACCACACUAUCUUCAUGAACAAUUGGGAAUUAGACAAUCAACCUUUUUGGUCAAACCUUGCUUAUGAUGCACGUGGGUACAUCAAAGGCUACAACUGUACCCAUCCUUUUAAGACAGUACAUGGUGUGUAUUGCCAGCCAUACAGAAAUGCUGGUGGAACAUAUGAGACAUAUGCAUACAUUCAGAGACAAUAUAGUACAGAUUAUAUACAGACUGUAAAAAUUGUUCUGAAUAAGUUGCAGGCAUGGAUUGCUUUGGGGGUUUGUGUGUGUUCUCUUGUGCAUGUUGUCUUGUGCAGUGUGUUCUCUUGUGCAGUGUGCACUGACAUACUGUGUGUUGGUUUAGAGAAUGUACACAACCAAGUCUGCUAGUAGACAAGAUCAAAAUCAAAAUUUGAGUGAAUGUAUUUUAGUGAAGGAUAAAGACAUUUUCUUUCUCCCGCUAGUUUGUAUAAUCGCCAUUCCAUGUCUGUUUCUGCAUCAUGAAAGUGGGCUAUGAACUUUUCUUCGAAAACAAUUCCUCUAUUAAUUAGGGUGUCCAAAAAAAAACAGGACCGUAAGAAAGUUGAAUAACUAGGUCAAUUUUGCAUAUUUUGCCUUGAAAUUGAAC